UGUGUGAUGUUGACAGAAAGCCUUUAAAUAAAUUCUGGACAUUCAAGUAUGAUCCAUGAUAUUAAAUAUGAUUAUUAUGGUGACAAAUUAGCCAGUUGUGGAAGUGAUGGAUAUAUUAAUGUCUAUGACGUGUCAAAAAAAUAAUAAGUUGCUUAAAUUAAGAUGUACGUAAAAUUAAUAUUAUAUUUUAGUCGAGAUUCUCCUUUAUUUUCAUUAUCUUGGUCACAUCCUAGAUUUGGUAAUGUAAUAGCUACUUCAUCAUAUGAUGGAGAAAUAUCUAUUUUUAAGGAAUAAAAAGAUUGGAUGAAAGUGGCUAGUUUUUAGAAUGAGGGCAGUGUGAAUUGUGUUUAAUUUAUGCCUAGAGAAUUAUUUUUAGCAUGUGGCACAUCAGAUGGAUUUGUAAUUUUAUUAGAUAAUAACAAAAAUUGGGAUGUAGAUUAUAAAUGGCAAGCACAUGAAUCAAUAAUACAUGGAUUAUGUUGGAAUUAAGAUGGUUCAUUAUUAGCAACUUGCAGUGCUGAUAAAUUGAUUAAAGUCUGGGAAUUUACAAAUAAUAAUAAACCUUAAUUGAAAUAUACAAUUUAAUCUAAUUUAGAUGUUGUGAAGGAUGUUUAAUUCCAUCCUUUAGAAAAUAAUAUCCUUGUUUCAGGAGGAGAUGUAAAAAUCAUAUAAAUUUAUAGGAUGGAAAACUUAGAGUACAUAAAUUAGAUGAUGAUGUAGUCGAUAAUCAAGUAAUUGAUUUUCAUAUGACUAUUUGGAGAAUAUCAUUCAAUAUGUUGGGAAAUUUAUUAACAGUAAAUGGAGAAAGUAAUGGUUAGAAUAAAAUUAAAACACUAAAAUAAGAGAAUAAUUUUUAAUAUUGCCCUAUUGAUUGCAAUUGAAUAAUGU